CCCUUCCCCCAUUUCCCCCCAACCCAACGCUGCCUGCCAACAACACUCUCUCACUCACUCACUCUCUCUUUCUCUCUCUAACUCUCUUAAAUUCAUGGUCCCACCCUCCACCGGCUGCCGGAAUCGGAGGCCAUGAACGCCGGCGGAACCGCCACCUUCCGAUCCAUCCUCGACAAGCCCCUCAACCAGCUCACGGAGGAUGACAUUUCUCAGCUCACUCGCGAAGACUGUCGCAGAUUCCUCAAAGAAAAAGGGAUGCGCAGGCCUUCAUGGAACAAAUGGCAGGCGAUCCAACAGGUCAUUUCCCUCAAAGCGCUUCUCGAACCUUCCGACGAUGAUUCCCCUCCUCCUCCUCCCCCCAUGCACCACCAGCCUCAUGCUCCUCAACCUCUAGCCAAUUUGACUCAACCUCCGCCCAAGGCCCCUCCUCCUGAGGAACCCGCCUUUCUCGCCGCCGACGACAUUCAGAAAUCUGCCUCUUCUGGGGAAAAACCUACGGAGACUAAUGACACCAACACCAACGCCAACGUUGCUAGCCCCAGAGGGUGUGCAACUAGUGGAUCAAUUGGCCAAAUGACAAUUUUCUAUUGUGGUAAGGUGAAUGUCUAUGAUGGAGUCUCACCUGAUAAGGCACGAGCAAUCAUGCAGCUUGCUGCAAGUCCUGUCCAGUUUACUCAGGAUGAUCCUUUACAUGGAAAUGCACCAGUUUGGUCUUCUCCUUGCCAUUUACCGUUGGAUAAGGAUGGCCUCAUCCCUGUUGAUACAGCAAUCCUUCAGGUUGCUCAAGCAGGUAAUAAGAUGGUGGAAUAUCCUCUGCAAUACAGAGAGAAAGGGAGCAUAACUCGUGAUGCUGAUAUAGAUGGUCAAGCAAGCAGAAAAGUGUCAUUGCAGCGAUAUCGUGAAAAGCGUAAGGACAGGGGAAGAUUUAAAGGCAAGAAAUUGACUGGAAUAACUUCGUCUAACUUCGAGAUGUAUUUGAACCUUCCAGUGAAGGUCCAUGCCUCAAAUGGGAAUUCAAGCCGUAGUAGCACUAGCUCUCCACCACAGCCUAGACUGCCUCUAGCUUCCAGUGGUUCAGCUGACAACCAACUCAAAGUUGCCCUUCCCAUUGAUCUCAAUGACAAAGAUGUUCAUGAAUGCUAAAACUCGAACUAGAUAGAUUAUGCAGAAUUGGGACGCGUAGAGGAUUGAAGUGAGAUGAUCGAAGUAUAACUGAAGAGACGAUAGCGUCUAGGAGCCUACUGCAAGAAUUGACUACUCUCAGACCGGUCAAUUUUAGUAUCUUUUAACUGUUUUGCAAAUUUCUGUUGUUUAGGAUAGUGGAGUGCCCUGCUUACCAUAUCAAUUUUGUAAUAUCAGCCAUCUAAUUUCGUCCUUCGGGAAUUUCUUGUUACUGAAGUUUAAGGUUUUAUUAGUAGUAAUGUAGAGCCAAGGAGGAGCAGCCAUUUUCCCAAGAAUAUAUAUAUGACGUGUAAAUUCACCUUGCUGCCUCGUUAAAUGUUAAUAGCUUUUGUGCAGAUGCCAAAGUA